UUUGGCCUGUGCCUGUCAAUGGCCUAACAAUGCAGCCCACGACCCAUAUGACCAGUGGUACUUUCCUCCUUUCAGGAAAAGGCCAUGAUCAGCUCAAGCACCAAGACUAGGAAGCCUGAUGACAAGAAGACAUAUGACUUCGAGUCUAGCAUCUCUCAUGCACGGCUUGAGCUGGAGAUGAACUCAGAUCUCGAGGCACAGCUUGGAAACUCAGUAUCAACCACCACAGCCAAGGAAACUGAAGCUGGUGAUGGUCAGAAAGCAAUCCUUAUUUUAGCACCAGUUUCUCAGCAGAACUCUUUCCAGAAAAUCCAAGUCCGGCUGGUUCACGAAUUAGAGAAAAAGUUUAGUGGCAAGCAUGCAGUCUUCACUGCUCGAGGAAGAUUCUGCCCAAGCCAACUCAGAAAAGCUGUACAAAAAAAUAAGCAAAAGCACCCAAAAGCUGCACCCUGGAAGCUGUGCAUGAUGCCAUCCUUGGGGACUUGUUCUUCCCAAGUGAAACUGUGGAUACUCCGUGUGAAUGCAUGGCAGUCAGCUCCUAAAGGUUCAUUUAGACAAAGCUCAGCAAACAAGCAGAACACAGGUUGAAACUUUCUCUGGUGUGUAUUAAAAGCUCCCUCCUUUACACUCUCCCUCCCUCCCUAUCUCUCUCUCUCCCCCUCUAGAGUUUUUUGCUGGAACUUGCUCUGUCAACCAGGCUGGCCUCGAACACAGAGAUCCACCUGCCUUUGCCUCCUGAGA